AUGGGCAGCAUAAUGGCCAUGUCCAUGGCAUCUGGAAUUACGACGUCUAUCAUUCUCGAGUCAGUUUUACUCCGUCGUGGAGUCGAUCAGCUCCCAUGGCCGAGGGCUGUGCGUACUGCUAUGGGCAUGAGUAUGGUUUCGAUGCUGGCCAUGGAGCUCGCAGAGAAUGUGGUCGACUAUCACCUCACUGGCGGUAUGGUCACAUUCGACGACCCGAAAUUCUGGAUGGCAGCAGUCGUUUCUAUGGGAGCUGGGUAUCUGGCACCAUUGCCGUACAACUAUCUGCGUCUGCGGAAAUAUGGAAAAGCAUGCCACUAA